AUGGCGGCAAAUCGACGAGUUGAUGAUGUUUCCAGUCCGUUCUAUUUACAUCCGUCCGAUGGUCCUGGGUUAGUUCUCGUUUCGCAGCUACUCUCUGAAGAUAACUUUGCCUCUUGGAGUAGAGCGAUGCAGAUUUCGCUUACGGUGAAGAACAAGUUAGGGUUCAUCAAUGGUACGAUCACUGAACCGAGUCGAGACGAAGCUGUUCUUCACAAUGCCUGGGUACGAAAUAACAGCAUUGUUAUUUCGUGGAUUUUGAAUGCUGUGUCAAAAGAUAUUCAGGCCAGCAUCAUGUACUCUGAUUCUGCUCACGAGAUGUGGAAGGAUCUCAAUACCAGAUUUUCACAAACAAAUGGUCCGCGAAUUUUCCAAUUACGUCGGGAAUUGUCUAAUCUGACUCAAGAUACACAAUCCGUUAAUGUGUAUUUUACGAAAUUGAAGGCUAUUUGGGAUGAAUUAUCCAAUUUUCGACCCUCUUGCACAUGUGGAGCUUGCACUUGUGGUGGUGUUCAGAAGCUUAAUGAACAUUACAAUUUAGAACAUGUAAUGGCUUUUCUCAUGGGGUUAAAUGAGUCUCUUACUUCCACACGUGGCCAAAUUCUUCUCAUGGAUCCAUUGCCGCCUAUAAACAAGGUUUUUGCUCUUGUAUCUCAAGAAGAGAGGCAGAGGUCUAUUCAUUCUUCCCAUAAUGAAGUGCAGAAUUCCUUAGCCUUUUCAAUUCGUGGUGAUCAAUCCGUUCAGCGGUCUGUUCACAAUCAAGUUUACACAUCUGCACCUAAAAGAAAGGAAAGAGGAUUUUGCACUCAUUGCAACAUCUAUGGGCAUACGAUUGAUAAAUGCUACAAGCUACAUGGAUAUCCCCCUGGUUAUAAAGCAAAACCAAGAUACUCUUCGUUGCCUCAAAGCAGAUUUUCUGUUAAUCAGGUUGCUGCCAUGGAGUCUCCACUCGAUUAUGCAACUUCAGGGAGUACUUCUCAACCACCUUUUGUUUCUUCUGACCCUGUUUUGGCUAACAUGUCUGCUGCUCAAUGUCAGCAAUUGAUGGCAUAUUUUUCUAACCAAAUGGCUGCCAAGAAACAGGUUUCUACUCAACAAUCUCAUGGUGAUGAGGCUGAAGUUGCACAUAUUUCUUGUGUGUCAGGUAUUUGUUUAGCAGCUUCUCUUCAUGAAUCUUUUCAGCCUCAUUAUUGGAUCAUUGACUCUGGGGCUUCUCGACAUAUAUGUAAUGAUAAGACUUUAUUUUCUUCUCUUCAUAAAGUCAAUUUUGCUAGAGUUAUUUUACCAGAUUGUUCUCUGGUUGUUGUUGAGUAUAUGGGAGAUGUGUGCUUAUCAGAUGAUCUGAUUUUGAAAAAUGUUUUUUAUGUUCCUUCUUUUAAGUUCAACUUAAUAUCUGUCAGUGCUUUGCUUGACAGAUUGCCUCACACAGUUAUUUUUGAUUCUACUUCCUUUCUUAUUCAGGACAAGUUCUUGAAGAAGAUUGGCAAGGGUAGCAAAAUUGAUGUUUCUGCCACUGUUUGGCACAAUAGACUUGGGCAUAUUCCUCAGUUGAAGUUAGAUAUUCUGUCUACUAAAUUUUCUUUAGCCAUGGAUAAGCCUAAGAACAAUUCUUGUUGUUAUAUUUGUCCUAUGGCUAAACAAAAACGUUUGAAAUUUCCUAUUAGUUCUACUGUUUCUUCUCAUAUGUUUGAUCUUAUUCACUGUGAUAUUUGGGGGCCUUACAGAGUUGAGUCUCACAAUGGUUACAAAUAUUUUGUUACUCUUGUUGAUGAUUAUUCUAGGUUUACUUGGGUUCAUUUGCUAAAGUCUAAAUCUGAUGUUUUGACUGCUAUUCCUGCUUUCUUUCAUAUGGUUAAAACUCAGUUUAACUGUAAUAUUAAGAUGUUUAGGUCUGAUAAUGCUCAUGAGUUACAAUUCACUCAGCUUUUCUCUCAGUUAGGUGUUCUUCAUCAGUUUUCUUGUGUUUACACACCUCAACAGAAUGCUGUAGUGGAGAGAAAACACCAGCACAUUCUUAAUGUUGCAAGAUCUUUAUUGUUUCAGUCUCAUAUGCCUAUCACCUUUUGGAAUGAAUGUAUUUCUACUGCAGUUUUCUUGAUAAAUAGAACUCCUGCAGCUAAGCUAAAUAAUCUCUCCCCUUUUGAAUUAUUGUAUCCUGGUAAGUUGUUUGAUUAUAAUUCUCUCAAGGUUUUUGGGUGUUUGGUUUUUGCUUCUUCAUUGCCAGCCCAGAGGUCAAAGUUUUAG